CGUUUUUCUACUCUCACGGUGCCCUCUGAGUGUGUGUGUGUGUGCGCGCUCAACUCAACUGUUCAAACAUAUACACACAGUGUGACGGGUGAGGAGAACAAAGGCGAUGCGAGUCUGAAGACGGUAGACCGUUUGAAGGGCAUGUAUUUUUAUACGCUAGGAGGACCUCCUCCAGUCUGCAGCUCCUGGCGUCUGCAGGAGGAGGAGAGCAGGGAGGAUGAGAACGGGCGAAUCGAGCCGGUUGGCCGAGCCGACUCCUGCAUGGAGCACACCCCCGUCAGAUCUCUGGAAGACAUUGUGAAACUGGUGGAGGUGUCGAACGACGGGGGGCCUCUGGGGAUCCACGUGGUGCCUUUCAGUGGCAGGGACCGCAGGACUCUUGGCUUGUUGGUCAAGCGUCUGGAGAGGGGAGGGAAGGCCGAGCACCAGGGCCUUUUCCAGGAGAACGACUGCAUCAUCCGUAUCAAUAACGGAGACCUGCGAAACAUCCGAUUCGAACAAGCUCAGAACAUGUUCCGCCAGGCCAUGCGCUCCCCGGUCAUCAUGUUCCACGUGGUGCCGUCGUCCAUGAAGGCCCGCUACGAGCAGCUGUCGCACGCCGAGAGGAACCCCUCGUUUUCCUCGGGGCGCUUCAGCCCAGACUCGCUGUCCGGCGUCGACCACAACCCACAGAGGAUGAACCGCCACGGAUCCCAAACGCAGACCCACCCAGACCCGAACAACGGCUACCCACCUCUGAGCCACCCUGCCGUCACGGCGGCCAAGCCUCCCACAGGCCACGCCCACUCGCCUCAGAGGGCGCCGAACUCCACGCCCACGCCGGGGUUCACCAAAAAGGUGGGGCGGCGGUUCAACAUUCAGCUCAAGAAAGGCCCUGAAGGACUCGGCUUCAGCAUAACGUCGCGUGACGUCCCCAUCGGCGGCUCCGCUCCGAUCUACGUCAAGAACAUCCUUCCCCGGGGGGCCGCCAUCCAAGAUGGCCGCCUUAAGGCAGGAGACCGGCUGCUGGAGGUGAACGGCGUGGACCUGAACGGCCGGACGCAGGAGGAGGUCGUCUCGUUGCUCAGGAACACUCCGAUGGGCGGUGCUGUGGGGCUGCUGGUUCUACGCCAGGAAGACGCUUUCCCACCCAGAGAAGUCAGCGCUGAACCCCAGAAGCACUCCCACAGAGACCUGAAAACAGAGGAGGAUGAACUGGUCCUGACUCCCGACGGGACCAGAGAGUUCCUGACCUUCGAGAUCCCGCUCAGCGACUCGGGUUCUGCAGGUUUGGGCGUCAGCGUGAAAGGCAACCGCUCCAAGGAAAACCAUGCAGACCUCGGCAUAUUUGUCAAAUCAAUCAUAAACGGUGGAGCAGCCUGCAAGGAUGGACGACUGAGGGUGAACGACCAGCUGAUUGCUGUGAACGGCGAAUCACUGUUGGGGAAAACCAACCAAGACGCCAUGGAGACGCUGAGGAAGUCGAUGUCAACAGAAGGCAACAAGCGCGGGAUGAUCCAGCUGAUCGUGGCCCGACGAGUGGCCAAGAGAAACGAGGAUUCUCCAGGAAACCCGUUGGGAUCCCAGCAGACGGUAAACACCAGUCUGGACGACCACGAGCGCAGAAUCUCCCACUCCCUCUACGGUGGCCUGGAAGGCCUCGAUGACAACUUGAUGCCACGUCAAGGAAUGAUUCCACGCACAAUAGGAAACUAUCAGCUCUCUCCGACCGUCAACAUGCCGCAGGACGACACCGUGAUCAUCGAGGACGACCGCCCGCCGCUCCUGCCGUCCAACAUGUCCGACCAGUCCUCGUCCAGUUCCCAUGACGAUGUGGGCUUCGUGGCUGAUGUGACUCCGCCGUGGGCCAAAGAGCUGCCUGCUCACAACGAAAGCUCUCUGAGUCCAGAUGAAAACGAUCCGGACGUCUCGUUCCAAAGGGAAGGCUUCGGACGCCAGAGCAUGUCGGAGAAACGCACCAAGCAGUUCGGAGACGCCGCUCAGCUCGAGAUCAUCAAGACGCGCAAGUCCAAGAGCAUGGAUCUAGUAGCCGACGAGAUUAACCUCACUCCUCGUGCCGACACAGACGCAGGUUCUUCCACUAAGGACGUUGGACCUUCACUGGGACUCAAGAAGUCCAGCUCUCUAGAGAGCCUCCAGACGGCGGUAGCAGAGGUCACCCUCAACGGUGACCUCCCGUUCCACCGGCCACGCCCUCGCAUCAUCAGGGGGCGGGGCUGCAACGAGAGCUUCCGGGCCGCCAUCGACAAAUCUUAUGACCGGCCAGCCGCCUUGGAGGACGACGACGAGGGCAUGGAGACUUUGGAGGAAGACACGGAGGAGAGUUCCCGAUCUGGGAGAGACUCCGUCUCCACCAUGGCGGACCAGACGCCGCUGUCCGCCGGCCCCGAAAAGCCCCUGGUCAACGGCACCAACCGCACCAAGGAGGAGAAGAAGAAGGACAAAGACAAACCUGGGAAGGAGAAGAAGAAACAAGAUGGAGGGAAGGAAAAGGACAAAGACAAGGGAAAACCAAAGAAAGGAAUGUUGAAGGGACUUGGAGACAUGUUCAGGUUUGGGAAAUACCGAAAAGAUGAGCGGCCAGCGGAGAAGAUGGACCGGAAAGGAUCAAGCAAGUGGAGGUCCGAGGAGACCCAGGUUUCUGAUGAGGAAACGAUGAAGAUGAGGAUGGAGCAAGAGAGGAUUCAAGCUAAGACGAGGGAGCUGAGGGAACGCCAAGCCCGGGAACGGGACUACGCAGAGAUCUUGGACGUCAGUCGCCCGCUGGACAGAUCCUCUGAGGAGGAUCACACCUACUCCGGCGUGAACCCUCUGAACAUGGACAGCAGUCACAGCCGGGCCCACAGCCCCCGUGACGAAUAUUCCCACGUUCAUCACCAACACCAGCACUCUGACUCUCUCUACUCGCCGGUCAGCCGGGCCCGAAACGACCGGCCUCCAUCCACAGACAGCAACCGGCUAACUCCCAGCAACCACGACCGGAUACAGCGGCUGCGGCAGGAGUUCCAGCAGGCCCAGAACGUUCCCGACGACCGGGACGAUCGCAGGCGGACCUACAGCUUCGAGCAGUCCUGGUCCAGCGCCAGCAGCAACGGUCCGGGCGGGUACAGCCAGCCGGGUCGGCACUCGGUGUCGGUGGAGGUCCAGAUGCAGAAGCAGCGGCAGGAGGAGAGGGACUCGUUCGCCCAGGCGCAGCGGCAGUACAGCUCUCUCCCUCGACAACCCAGGAAGAAUCCCAGCACCGUCUCCCAGGACUCCUGGGACAAGGCGUACCCACCUGGAGACGUCUUCCAGACGGCCAAAGACAACCCCCGGUACUCAAGCUACCAGGGCUCCCGGAACGGCUACCCGGGCGGCGGCGGCGGCGGCGUGAACGCCAGAGUCCUGCUGGAGGCCCAGGAGCUGCUGCGGCAGGAGCAGAGGCGCAGGGAGCAGGAAGCCAAAGGAAAGAUGCUGCAGGAAGGCGGCGGGAGCAGCGCCUACGAGGGGUACGUCCCCCACCUGAAGGAGCCGGGGUCGCCGAAGGGCCCGUACCGACACGACGUCCCGCCUUCGCCGUCGCAGCUAGCUCGGCUCAACAGACUGGGGUCGGAAAAGGGAAGACUUUUUUAUUCCUGAGGGGGG